GGACAGGCUUACUCAGUUCACUGGGCUGGAAGAGACUGCAGGUGACAAAAUGACCUUUUCCACCGUAAACAGGGAAUAAUUCAACGCUCAAGAAGACACCAGCUUCAGGAGAACCCCAUGGAGUCAUCACAACCCAAGAGUCCCCUUGGGUCAGAGUCCAGUGACAUCCAGCAGGCUGGUAAUGUUCAAAGCGGCGGAGAGAUGAAAACCCAGAGACAAAGUGCUGGAGCGACCAAUGGAAAAGACAAGACCCCGGGAGAUAAUGAUGGGCAGAAGAAAGUCCAAGAAGAAUUCGACAUUGACAUGGAUGCACCAGAGACAGAGCGUGCGGCUGUGGCCAUCCAGUCUCAGUUCAGAAAAUUUCAGAAGAAAAAGGCCGGAUCACAGUCUUAGUGGGGAAGCUGCUUCCUAUUCCAUCUGAAGACACCAUGUUCAACCACCAUCCAUCAAGAGACGGAAAGAGCAUUACCCUAGAGAGGAGUCACCCACACAGUAUACACCCCGCUGCAAAUCUGAUGCAUGUACAGAAACCCGUAGUAUGUAUGCCCCAUAGAAAGGUGUACACAGUGAAUUGUGGUAGCUUGACCCGAUUAUCUCCAUUACGAUUCAUCUGCAACUAUUUUCCCUGAUGUUGUAAUAAAAAGGAGGUAAGAUGAGCCA